AUGAGCGGCAACUUCCUCACUAUUCCUGGUGACGAUUCAAUUCAGAGGCGAUCACGGAGCUCGUCCUUGACAGACCUUAUAACGGCUUUCGACACCAAGGCGCAGGCGCACAGCGAACUGCAGAAGGUCACAGCUUUCAGCGGUCACUUCGACAAGAAUCACAAACCAACAUUCUCAAAGGACGAAUAUGGGAAACCAAUCCCCGGUUCGAAGACUGAAUAUCGAGGAGCCGAAGCUCAGGCUCGAGUGUGCACAGAGAUGAAGGAGCUGUGCGAGAUUAUAAACGAGUACGGGAAAACCCCAUGCAAGAGCCUCCUACCUCCAGAACUCAAGAGCGCGACAAAGGUGAUUUCAUUCGGAGAACUGUUCACGAUAUACACAGUAAUUUCGGACAAGCUCGUCGGCAUUUUGCUACGGACGAGGAAGCAUCAGUUGACAUUCUUCGAAGGCGAAGUUUUAUUCCAGAAACGCGACGAUGAUGUUCCAGUAUUCUUAAUGCAGCCUAUGGAAGACAUUAGAGCGUAUUGCGACAACAAAGCCCUGCAAGCAAGAAGAUCGGUGUCACCAAUGCCUAAU